AUGAGUGGAGAACCAAUGCCAUGUUCAUAUGCCUCUUGGCUAGGAAAUCAUCCUUCUGCCUUGGACAAUUUUGACGAAGUGAUGAGCAUUGCCAAAGGAAAAAAGAUUGUGGUGUUCUUGGACUAUGAUGGAACACUCUCACCGAUUGUGAAUGACCCUGAUAAGGCUUACAUGAGUGAUUCUAUGCGUUCGGCUGUACGUGAAAUUGCUUCUCGUUUUCCCACUGCCAUUGUUAGUGGAAGGAGUAGGGAUAAGGUAUAUGGAUUUGUGAAGCUAAAGAAUCUUUGUUAUGCUGGAAGCCAUGGUAUGGAUAUAUCAACUCCAUCAGACUCUUCAAAAUAUGGCAAUCAGAAUAAUCAGACAAAGGCUAUUGAUGAAAAGGGUAAUCAAGUUGUUCACUUUCAUCCGGCAAAAGAUUUUUUACCUACAAUCCAAGAGAUAAUUAAGGUUUUGAAAGAAAAUAUUAAAAGAAUAAAGGGCUCUAGCAUUGAGGAUAAUACGUUCUGCGUCACGGUACACUAUCGGCGUGUGAAGAAGGAUGAGGAUGUGGAUGUUCUUGAAGAAAUUGUGAAGUCUGUUAUGACAGAUUAUCCCAAUUUUAAAAUUUCAGAAGGAAAAAAGGUUAUGGAGAUACGUCCAAGAAUAGAUUGGAAUAAAGGUUCUGCUCUAAAGUAUUUGCUUGACACUUUCGGCUUUGACAAUUUUAAUAAUGUUCUUCCGAUGUACAUUGGGGAUGACAAAACAGAUGAAGAUGCUUUUAAGGUUAUCAGAGACAGUGGAAUUCCCAUCGUUGUUUCUGACAUUGCAAAGGACACCAACGCUGCUCAUUCUCUGCGUGACCCUUCCGAUGUUGAGAAAUUUUUGAUUCGUUUAGCAAAAUGGAAGAACAACUAG